GUCUCCUCCACCCACUUUUUGAGUGUUGAGUAGCUCUGUACUGCUGGCGGACCUGACGCACUUUUUGUUUGUUUUUCCUUUUAUCAGCAACGUCCGUUGCUUACCAGUACGGAUCUUGAAGUCUUCUUCUCAUUUUGUAUCGGACGAGCGAACAAAGAGCCCGGCACUUCGUCAUUAUGAAAGCCGUGCCCUGUGUAUUCGGAGGAUUAAUCGAGCUGUUGGUGGUACUGGGCCUUGUUGGACUCGUAGCCGGAAAUUGUGGUAACCCUCCAGAUGUUCUUAAUGCGACUCCAAAGUCUGAGUUUCUGAGUUCAAGUGAGUUCAGUGAUGGAUCCAAACUGUCAUAUGAAUGUAUACCUGGCUAUGUGAGAGAGAAGGGAACAUCUCAAAUCACGUGCACUGGAAGUAUCUGGUCUACUCCAACUUUACAAUGUCAAAAGAGAGAUUGUGGAAGUCCACAAGAACUUAUUGAUGGACAAUAUCAGGUAACAGAGGGAACGGAGUUUGGUGCAACUGUAACAGCUGUAUGCAAUGAAGGGUUUAAACUUGGAGGCAGAGAUGACCAUCUAACUUGUGGUCCUGAUGGGUACUGGUUUGGUGGCAGUCCAGUUUGUGAGCGUGUGAAAUGUCAAGACCCACCUGAGAUUGAAAAUGGGUCUCAUGAUCCCGAGAGUGGUAUCUUUUCUGGAUCUGUUGUAAGUUACAAGUGUAAUCCUGGACUUGAUCUGAUUGGAAGUGACCAGCUUGUGUGUGGAAACAAUGGAGAGUACAAUAGUCAGCAACCAGUGUGCAAACAGGUUAGCUGCCCUAAUAUUAACAUAGAAAAUGGAGCGAAGACAUCAGGAUUUGGUCCCCAAUAUAGAUACAAGAACUCCAUCACAUUCAUUUGUAUCAGUGGAUUUCAAUUAAUUGGACAAAGCACCAUAUACUGUGAUGAAAAUAACACAUGGAAACCUAAUCCUCCAACCUGUGUAAAGGCAAUCGAGGAUAGCUGCCCUAAUAUUAACAUAGAAAAUGGACAGAAGACAUCAGGAUUUAGUCCCCCAUAUAGAUACAAAAGCUCCAUCACAUUCACUUGUAACAACGGAUUUCAAUUAAAUGGACAAAGCACCAUAUACUGUGAUGAAAAUAACACAUGGAAACCUAAUCCUCCAACCUGUGUAAAGGCAAUCGGAACUGUCAGUCCUCCAACCACUACUACUACUACUACUCCUCGUGAUGACAAAACAGAUAAAAUUGUUGGAGGGAUUGUUGGUGGUAUAAUUCUACUUGCCUUGUCCAUAGCAGGUGUAGCUGUUGUAAACAAGUACAUUAUCAAGAAAAAUAGGUCGGCAAAGGAUAACAGGGUUCUCUAAGGAAACCUGCAUCUGAAAGAAGUAUGACAGAGUGGCACUAAAGAGAGGCGAUGGAGGACUUCACAUCUUCCUCUUGAAUAAUUAUGCAUUCACAUUAAUUGAAUGAGGGGACAAAAAUCAUCCCUUUAAAAAAAACAAAAGCUUUGCUUGAAAACUGCUGUUAAUAGUGUGGCUCUAGAGCAGUGGCUUGACAGCUUUACACCGUGGCUCUUGAGAGCAAGAAAUUAUUGUUAGCUUAAUUUGAAAUACCUUGUAGCAGUCAAGAUUUUAAAAUGCUCUAAAAGGCCGCAGUUACUGCACAGAAGCUUCUCCUUCUAAACUAAAUCCAGUUGCAUUUGUCUGUCAAAAUGUCAUGUUUCACAACGCUAUGGCCUUUAUUCACUGUUUUCAAAUAAACUCUGUCUUUCAAAGGAAUCUCAUAAAAAGAAGAAAUAUUCACCAAUGCCUGGAAGUAACAUUGUCACACUGGUAGUAUACUUUGUCAGUGUUUUCUGCUCAGAAUUACGUUUCAUAUAGCAUCAAAUGAAAUUUUUUGCUUAAAAUAUAGUAUGGCACACCUAAAACUGGAAAAAACAGUCCGACUUUCUACUUCCAUUGCUUAAACAGUGUCAAUAAUUGGUAAAGAAGUACAAAGCAGACACAUAAUUUAUUGGCCUUUCCUAUUUUUUUAAGCACAUAAACAUCACAUAAAAUUGAGAGAUAGUAUUAGACAGAAACUGGUUUGUUGCUUAAUUACCAAGUUGAAGCGUAUUACACAGAUAGAUAUUUUUAGCAGAAAAAUCAUCUUAUAAAUGUUCUCGUCUUGUAGCAGAGGCUUCUUUGCAGUAAUUGUCAGCUUCUUUAAAAAAUGCACUUUAACCGUGUCAGACUGCUUGUUCAUGAUCCAUAGUUGCAUAAAUUUGAUAGUAUGCGAUUUAACGGUCAUGCAAAAACUUUGGCAUCAAUUCAGUGACCUUCCCAAAACAAACCUCUUAUUUGACAGUUACCAGCAUUCAGUACAGCUUAUAAUUUGCAUUAUUUUAAUAGUUCUAAAUAUAAACUGGUCUUUCCUGCAUUACUGAUGGCAGAUUUGAAAUAACUGGUCCAGGCAUUUCUUCAUUUUUUUGUUUCAGCUUUUCCAGCAUAAGCUUGUAGAGAACUGGAGCCUUUCCUGUCCGUGGUGGGUGCGUCACAGGACUCGGUACUGGGUGGGGAGCUGCCAAGUUCACUCGGAGAAACCCUUAUGGCCUCAUCGUGCCUGAAAGGUUUAGAACUGAUGACAGAUCCGUCAUUUUAUCUUUAGACUGUCGAUGGUGUGUGGAGGAAAAUCGGGUGAAUACUAGUAGAACAUAUUAUGCAGAAAGUAGACCACCCAAGCAAUGUGCUGUCCAGUUGGCCCACUGUACUCUUAAACAGCAGACUUUAGGAUCUUAAUGGGGAUUUAAACCACAGACUUAUUUUGAUUUUAGGCAUUCGGACGUACUGUAAUGAAAAGCAAAGCACCAAAGGCUCAACCCAUUUGUAGGUUACUUUGUAUGAAGCCAGUUACAAGUAGCAGGAAGAUAGUAGGAGUUUAGCACCUUAAUGCUUGGGUGUCGUCAACAUGAAGCAAAAGUUUAACUGCUGUGAUUAUAAAGUCACAUAUCUGGCAGGAUUGUAAGGCUGUGGCUUCUUUUUAUUUUGUGGCCACUUUUUUGUCUCUUAUGAUGAUUAUUCCCAUGAUGUAAAUUAAUUUUGUGCUGAAAAAUUUUUAUUACACUUAAUGUAAUUUAUUUUAUACUUGCCUGAUUUUUUUUCUGUCUAAUGAAUAUUUUUGUCAUCAUUGUUUGCUGUUUCAUCUCAUGUUUAAAAUUUAGAUCAGAUCCUUGCUUUUUAUACAAUGAACACCUUACAUCUGCUGCAAAAUUGAGUUUAACCAGGAGUCUCGGCUGAUUGUUCAGUCUAAUGCAGUGCUUCCCAAACUGGGUCCUGGGACCCACUGUGGCUGCAGGUUUUUGUUUCAACCAUCAUCGAUAACAACUGAUCUCAUUUAAUUAGUUGUUUUUUUUUACAUUUAUAAGACAUUUAUUUCUAGUUUUUUCUAAAGCUAUAAAUGCUUAACUCUCUUAACUUGUUUUUCUGUUAUUUUCCCCUUUUUCCUAUGUAGUUUGCUCCCUUCAUUUAACCCUAAUACUGACAAUUAACAACCAGCAUUGCAGACACCCAGGAUGAUGAAAGCAGCAACGACUUCAGUGUCAGACUCGCUAAUUAGUAAAUAAUCAAUUAAAUAACCAGAACACCUAGAAAAGCAGACUGAGAAUUGGGUUUAAAAUACUGUUUAAAAAAAUGACAUAUUCCCCAUAUAACUACUUAUUACAUUUUAAUAAAAAUCUACCAAAUUUAGUUUGUAAUUUCUACAUUGACUCCAAAACACAGAAACAGGGAAAUAAUAACUCGCUUAAUUAGGCUGAGAGGCCAAUGAAAAACGGAAGUUGGUUGGAACAAAUACCUGUAAACACGGGGGUCCCGAGGACCGAGUUUGGGAACCACUGGUCUAAAUGGUUUCUAGAUUCCCUAUGACUUCCUUUCACUUCAAAAAUGUUUAUUUUUGUACCAUACAUUUAUGAGAUUUUCUUUUUCAUGAUGUAUGUCUAAAUGUAAUUUGCUAAAUGUGUGAGCCCAACAGUUUUAUUCAGUGAGACUGAAAUCACAAAUAAGUAAGCAUAAAUACAGUUCUGCUUGCACUAUAAGAUGGAUAAAAAUGUGAAAAAUUAUUGUAACUGUUCAAUGUCUAAAGUUGUCUUUAGCUUUCAAAUUGGCACUUUGUUUCUUUUACUUUUAAUUCUGAUUUAUGUUAUCUUCAUUUUUUUCAUUAUUUUCUUAGAAGUAAGCCUUUGAGUAAGUGCCACCAAAUGUUAAAAAUUGUGCCUUUCGAACAGUUUUAGUACUUUUGUUUUAAAAGAAUACUCCACCCAAACACAUUUUCUUUAUCUGUUACAUAUCCUAGUAAUGAGUGAGAAAAAUCUUUAUUUUUGUGUUUAUAUGUAGAAUGGAGCUUUUGAAUUUAAGACCCACCUCUCCCCUCAUUCACUAGUCAUUAAUCCAAAAUGGUACAUUGCCAUUUGUGAUUUUUUAAUGCCACUGACCUUCUGCUUGUUGGAUUUGUGCAUAUCUGAGGUGCUACAAGGCACACGGUGUAUUCCACCUGAUGAUGAUGAUGAUUUCACGUGCAUUUCCCCUCAUUGACGAUGCUUUGCAAUGUUGAUACGCUGUGAAGCAGAAAGUUAACCAAUAAAUGUGAUUUUAUUGGACAAGAUGAAUAAAUGACUGGUGAGGUGAGUCUCCCAUUUAAAAGCUCAAUUUGGUUUAAACAUGCUCUGUAGCCAUUCAUGAAUUCAUUUUCAGUAAGUGGUUUAUUUAACAAUAUUUUAGCAAAAGUAAAUGUUUGGGAUGUUGUAAGCAUAUAACUGGAUAUUUGGCAUAUGAAUUUUGACACAAGUAAAUGGAGAUUUUUUUCCAAGAA